CCAAUGGGCACGCUCGGGGGAGCCGGGCUGGCGGCGGCGGCGGCGGCCGGCCGGGCGCGCACUCUCGGGAUGGAGGGCGAGCGCCGGGCAUCGCAGGCGCGCUCCUCGGGCCUCCCGGCCGGGGGCGCCGAUGGGGAGAGCCCGGGGGGCGGUGCCCCCUUCCCGGGCAGCAGCAGCUCUUCCGCCCUGCUGCAGACGGAGGUGCUGGAUCUGGACGAGGACGAGGACGACCUGGAGGUGUUCAGCAAGGAUGCCUCAUUGAUGGACAUGAACUCCUUCAGCCCUGUGAUGCCAACAUCCCCUUUAUCAAUGAUAAAUCAAAUCAAGUUUGAGGAUGAACCAGAUUUAAAGGAUCUCUUCAUCACAGUUGAUGAACCUGAAAGUCACGUUACUACAAUAGAAACUUUCAUUACGUAUAGGAUUAUUACUAAGACAUCUCGUGGGGAAUUUGACUCCAGUGAAUUUGAAGUUAGGAGACGGUAUCAAGAUUUCCUUUGGUUGAAGGGAAAACUGGAAGAAGCACACCCCACUCUGAUUAUUCCACCAUUGCCAGAAAAGUUUAUAGUAAAAGGAAUGGUGGAACGCUUUAACGAUGACUUCAUUGAGACACGCAGGAAGGCUUUACAUAAAUUUUUGAACCGAAUUGCUGAUCAUCCAACUUUAACAUUUAAUGAAGACUUCAAAAUUUUUCUCACUGCACAAGCUUGGGAACUCUCUUCUCACAAGAAGCAAGGUCCUGGCUUGCUAAGCAGGAUGGGGCAAACAGUCAGAGCUGUUGCAUCCUCAAUGAGAGGAGUUAAAAACCGCCCAGAGGAGUUCAUGGAAAUGAAUAACUUUAUUGAACUAUUUAGCCAGAAAAUAAAUUUGAUAGAUAAAAUAUCUCAGAGAAUUUAUAAGGAAGAAAGGGAAUAUUUUGAUGAAAUGAAAGAAUAUGGCCCAAUUCAUAUUCUGUGGUCAGCGUCAGAAGAGGAUCUGGUUGAUACUCUAAAGGAUGUUGCCAGCUGCAUUGACAGAUGCUGUAAGGCCACUGAAAAGCGGAUGUCUGGACUCUCAGAGGCCCUGCUUCCUGUUGUACAUGAGUAUGUGCUUUAUAGUGAAAUGUUAAUGGGUGUUAUGAAAAGAAGAGACCAAAUACAAGCAGAACUGGAUUCCAAAGUUGAAGCUUUGACCUAUAAAAAGGCAGAUACUGAUCUGCUUCCAGAGGAGAUUGGAAAACUUGAAGAUAAAGUGGAAUGCGCUAAUAAUGCCCUGAAAGCAGAUUGGGAAAGAUGGAAACAAAAUAUGCAAAAUGAUAUCAAGUUAGCAUUUACAGAUAUGGCUGAGGAGAAUAUCCAUUAUUAUGAACAGUGCCUUGCUACGUGGGAAUCAUUCCUUACAUCACAGACCAACCUCCACUUGGAAGAAGCUUCUGAAGAUAAACCUUAAUCCCAUUGAGGACUUCUGUUUGAUCUUUGGGAGACAGCAUUUAUUAACCAAAGUUAUUCUUUCUGGAUCUGCCGUGUCCCUUAUAAAGUGGAUGAAAAAUGUUUUGUACCCAUCUGGAAAACCAACAACUUGAAAUCUCAGGUAUUCCAGGUCACUGACAUGAAUUUGAAGAUAUAUCUAUCUGUAUGGAUAUAUAUCUAUAUGUGUAUAGAUAUAUAAAUACAGAGAGAGAUCUGGCUUGGUUUUAAUUAUGUUCUUAAAUUUGUGUGCCAAUAAUUGCAGAUAGAUUUUUUUUCUUAAAUAUUUGACUGUGGAACAUGCCAUUUUAAAUAUAAGGACUGUUUUAAUAAAAAGUUUAGUAUGAA